AUGGCUCACACCAAAACUGCUAUUUUGUCGGUGUACGACAAGACCGGGUUGUUGGACCUCGCCAAGGGGUUGAACGCCGCCGGUGUCCGUAUCCUUGCCUCGGGGGGUACCGCCAAAAUGGUGAGGGAGGCCGGCUUCCCCGUCGAGGACGUGUCGCUGAUCACCCACGCCCCCGAGAUGUUGGGCGGCAGAGUCAAGACGUUGCACCCCGCCGUCCACGGCGGUAUUCUUGCCCGUGACUUGGAAUCGGACGAAAAGGACCUCGCCGAUCAGGGCAUUGACAAGGUCGACUACGUUGUGUGCAACUUGUACCCGUUCAAGGAAACCGUGUCCAAGGCUGGCGUCACCAUCGAAGAAGCCGUCGAGGAAAUCGACAUUGGUGGCGUCACCUUGUUGCGCGCCGCCGCCAAGAACCACUCGCGGGUGGUGAUCUUGUCCGACCCCAAGGACUACGCUGGUUUCUUGGAACAAUUGGCUAAGGGCGACAUCUCCGCCGAAUUGAGAAACCGCUACGCGUUGAAGGCGUUCGAAUCGACCGCCGAAUACGACUCCGCCAUCUCCGACUACUUCAGAAAGCAAUACUCGGAGGGCUUGUCGCAGAUGCCCCUCAGAUACGGUGCCAACCCCCACCAGAAGCCGGCCCAGGCUUUCGUGUCGCAAAACGAAUUGCCCUUCAAGGUGCUCAGCGGCUCCCCCGGGUACAUCAACCUCUUAGACGCCCUCAACUCGUGGCCGUUGGUCAAGGAGUUGAGCGCCUCGCUCAACCUCCCCGCCGCGGCUUCGUUCAAGCAUGUCUCCCCCGCCGGUGUCGCCGUCGGCGUCCCGUUGUCGGAAGUGGAAAAGAAGAUUUACAUGGUGGAAGACAUGGAAGACUUGUCGCCCUUGGCCACCGCCUACGCCAGAGCCAGAGGUGCCGACAGAAUGUCGUCGUUCGGUGACUUCAUUGCUCUCUCCAACGUUGUCGACGUUCCCACCGCCAAGAUCAUCUCGAAGGAAGUGUCUGACGGUGUCAUCGCUCCUGGCUUCGAAGAUGAAGCUCUCGAAAUUCUCAAAAAGAAGAAGGCCGGGAAGUACUGCAUUCUUCAAAUCGACCCCAACUUUGUCCCUGACUUGCAAGAGUCGCGCCAAGUGUUCGGUGUCACCUUACAACAAAAGCGCAACGAUGCCGUCAUCAAGGAACUGUUGUUCAAGGAAAUCGUCUCUAAGAACAAGGAAUUGCCCCGCGAAGGGGUCAUCGACUUGAUUGUUGCUACCAUUGCCCUCAAGUACACUCAAUCCAACUCGGUUUGCUACGCUAAGAACGGUAUGACCAUCGGUCUUGGUGCUGGCCAGCAACUGAGAAUCCACUGCACUAGAUUGGCUGGCGACAAGGCUGAUGCUUGGUGGUUGAGACAACACCCUCGUGUCCUUGGGUUCAAGUGGGCCAAGGGUGUCAAGCGUCCGGAAAAGUCCAACGCCAUCGACUUGUACGUGACCAACCAAAUCCCCACCACCGAACCGGAAAAGUCCGAAUACGAAUCGAAGUUCGCUGAGGUUCCCGAACCUUUGACCGCCGAGGAACGCAAGGAAUGGUUGUCGAAGCUCGACAAGGUUGCGUUGUCGUCGGACGCCUUCUUCCCCUUCCCGGACAACGUCUACAGAGCCGCUCGUUCGGGUGUCAAGUACGUCGCCGCCCCCUCGGGCUCGGUUAUGGACAAGGUUGUGUUCGCUGCCGCCGAUGCCCAUGACAUGGUUUACGUGGAAAACCCCAUCAGAUUGUUCCACCACUAA